UGUGCCAGUCACGCAGCCGCCGGCGGGCCCCGGGGACAGGCCCCCGGCAGCUCCCCAGGCGUGCUGCGGGCCACAGAGACUCCUGGACCAUGGGUGAUGUGCAGAAGGACUCCCCCAGCAUCUCCCUGUGCCCCCCAGGGGCUGCUCUCCGUCAUCCAGAAGCUGAAGGGUUCACCAGAGCAGGAGCUCCGCAUUGUCCUGCUGGGGCUGGACAACGCGGGGAAGACGACGCUGCUGAAGCGCCUGGCAUCCGAGGAGGUCAGCACCAUCACCCCCACUCAGGGUUUCAACAUAAAGAGUGUCCACUCGCAUGGUUUGAAGCUGAAUGUCUGGGAUAUCGGGGGGCAGCGCUCCAUCCGCCCAUACUGGAAGAAGUAUCUGGGCAGCACAGACCUGCUGAUUUAUGUCAUUGACAGUGCCGACCAGAAGCGUUUCGAGGAGACAGGGCAGGAGCUGGCAGAGCUCACGGAGGAGGAGUCCCUCAUGGGGGUCCCGCUGCUGGUGUUUGCCAACAAGCAGGACCUGGUGACUGCAGCCCCUGCAGAUGAAAUCGCAGAAGGGCUGAACCUCCACACCUACCGGGAUCGGGAGUGGCAGAUCCAGGCCUGCUCGGCCCUGUCUGGGGAAGGAGUGCAGGAUGGGAUGAACUGGAUUUCCAGCCAGAUCAUGAACAGAAAGAAGUGAGAGUUGCAAAGUGCCAGACGGGACUGAGCUGCAGGUCCCUACAUCAUGGCCAACCCCCUUGGUCCCUCGGCUCCCCCCAAGGCUCUGCUGGGCCCUGAGCCUCAGACUGCCAUGCUCAGAUGAUUUUCCCACCUAGUCUUCCACUAACCAGUUGGCUUCCCCUCUCCCUGCCUCCUGGACUUCCACGGGCUCCUUGUACCCCUUGACCCUCCUGCAGCCCCCGUGCUGUUGGAGGAAGCACAUGUCCCACUGUGUCAAGGGCUCGCACACCUCUAGCAUGAGAACCUGCCCAGGAUCUGGGGCAAGCACAAAGACAGCGAGGAUGUGGCUGGGCAGUCACCAACGGAGGGCUCUCCUUGCCUGGUGCCAGCCCUGGCUGCAGCCACUCCCUGUGUGCCGCUGAGAGUCUGCUCUGCCAGAGCCCUUGGGACGCCCAAACCAGGGCUGCCACUGCCUCGCAGCCCAUCCAGAGGGAUGGGAGAUUCCGCCUGCUGACCACCACGGGGCGGAGGAAUGGGGUGAGAACCUCUGCGAUGGGGUGGGGGGUGGCCCUGCGGACCUCAAUAAAGCUGCUGUGACCUCCA